CGGCGCUCUAGGCCGAGCGGGAGGUCGGGGCUGCGGGCGCUCGCUGGUGGCGGAUCAGGAGGUGGCUGCGGUGGCGGGGCUCCGCGGCCGGGGUCGAAUCCGAUCGGGAGCCAUGAGCGUGGACAAGGCCGAGCUAUGCGGGUCUCUGCUCACCUGGUUGCAGACAUUCCACGUCCCGUCCCCCUGUACCAGCCCCCAGGACUUGAGCAGUGGCCUCGCCAUAGCCUAUGUGCUGAACCAGAUAGACCCUUCCUGGUUCAACGAGGCGUGGCUCCAGGGCAUCUCAGAUGACCCAGGUCCCAACUGGAGGCUGAAGGUCGGCAACCUGAAGACCAUCUUACAGAGCUUGGUGGAGUACUCCCAGGAUGUCUUGGGGCAUCCCGUUUUGGAGCAACACCUUCCGGACGUGAGCCUCAUUGGCGAGUUUUCGGACCCAGAAGAGCUUGGCAAGCUGCUUCAGCUGGUGCUUGGCUGUGCCAUCAGUUGUGAGAAGAAGCAGGAGCACAUCCAGAGAAUCAUGACGCUGGAGGAAUCAGUUCAACAUGUGGUAAUGGAAGCCAUCCAGGAGCUCAUGACCAAAGACACCCCUGACUCCCUGUCACCAGAAACAUAUGGGAACUUUGAUAACCAGUCCCGAAGGUACUACUUCCUGAGUGAGGAGGCUGAUGAGGGGGAUGAGCUGCGGCAGCGCUGUCUGGACCUGGAGCGGCAGCUGGUGCUCGUGUCCGAGGAGAAGCAGAGCCUGGCCCAGGAGAACGUGGCGCUGCGGGAGCGGCUGGGCCGGCCGGAGGCUGAGGGCGCCCCUGGCCUCACGGCCAAGAAGCUGUUGCUGCUGCAGUCCCAGCUGGAGCAGCUGCAGGAGGAGAAUUUCAGGUGCAGUCAGCGGGGGAUGGGGCCCGCAGGCCAGGGGAUUGGCUGGGCUCCAGUGCCCUCAAGUGUCCCUUUCUCUGCCCCGCCCCCCAGGCUGGAGACCGGCCGGGAAGACGAGCGCCUGCACUGUGCCGAGCUGGAGCGGGAGGUGUCUGAGCUGCAGCAGCGGAACCAGGCGCUGACCAGUCUGGCCCAGGAGGCACAGGCGCUGAAGGAUGAGAUGGACGAGCUGCGGCAGUCCUCUGAGCGUGCUGGGCAGCUGGAGGCCACGCUGAGCAGCUGUCGGCGCCGGCUGGGUGAGCUGCGGGAGCUGAGGCGGCAGGUGCGGCAGCUGGAGGAGCGCAAUGCCGGCCAUGCCGAGCGCACCCGGCAGCUGGAAGAUGAGCUACGCCGGGCCAGCUCGCUACGUGCCCAGCUCGAGGCACAGCGACUACAGGUUCAGGAACUGCAGGGCCAGAGGCAGGAGGAGGCCAUGAAGGCCGAGAAAUGGCUAUUCGAGUGUCGAAAUCUAGAGGAGAAGUAUGAGUUGGUGACAAAGGAGAAGGAGCGGCUGCUGGCAGAGAGGGACUCCUUGCGGGAUGCCAAUGAGGAACUGCGCUGCGCCCAGCUGCAGCCUCGGGGCUUGACCCAGGCUGACCCCUCUCUGGAUCCCACCUCACCAGCUGUGGAAAACUUAGCAGCAGAGAUCCUACCUGCGGAGCUGAGGGAGACGCUCCUGCGGCUUCAGCGGGAGAACAAGCAGCUGUGCCAGCAGGAGGCGGCCUACCGGGAGCGGCAGGAGGAGCUGCAGCGCCACCUGGAGGACGCCAACCGCGCACGCCACGGGCUGGAGACGCAGCUGCGGCUGAACCAGCAGCAGCUGUCGGAGCUGCGGGCCCAGGUGGAGGACUUGCAGAAGGCCUUGCAAGAGCAGGGGGGCAAGACGGAGGAUUCCAUUUCCGCCCUGCUGAAGAGGAAGCUGGAGGAACAUCUGCAGAAGCUGCAUGAAGCGGAUCUGGAGCUGCAGCGGAAGCGAGAGUACAUUGAGGAGCUGGAACCGCCCGCUGACAGCGGCACAGCCCGGCGUAUCGAGGAGCUGCAGCACAGCCUGCAGAAGAAGGAUGCGGACUUGCGGGCCAUGGAAGAGCGCUACCGCCGCUACGUGGACAGGGCGCGCACGGUCAUACAGACCCUGGAACCCAAACAGCGGCCAUCUGGGGGGGCACCCCCAGAACUUCACACCCUGAGGACACAGCUCCGGGAGCGGGACGUCCGCAUCCGGCACCUGGAGAUGGACUUUGAGAAGAGUCGAAGUCAGCGGGAGCAGGAAGAAAAGCUGCUCAUCAGUGCCUGGUAUAAUAUGGGCAUGGCUCUGCAGCAGCGAACUGGGGAGGAGCGGGCCCCUGCCCAUGCCCAGUCGUUCCUGGCACAGCAGCGGCUGGCCACCAACACUCGCCGUGGGCCCCUGGGACGCCUAGCGUCCCUGAACACGCGCCCCACCGACAAGCACUGAUGGACCUCAGGAUCCUGCCACCUGCCCAGCCGGCUGGGGCUCAGUCCGCCCUGGAUUCCCCCAACUCAUCUGGGGCCCAGCAUCAGGAAGGCCUCAGUCAGCUGCCUGAGAGCCUUAAGGUCAUGACUUCUGCCCUUUGUUCUCUCAGGUGGGACAAGAGUGCAGGAUAGGGCAGGAGGCAGCGGUGGGCCUGUUCUUUUUAGCAAUGUGAUUCUUAUCCUUGAUUUUCAACCUGGGGUUAAUGAGAUGCCAGGGGAGAGAGUGAUUUUUAUAUUUGAGAGGAAAAAUAAUAAAGAUUUUCAAUCUGCCCUGGCUGGACUCUGGGCACUGAGGGGAGGGAGAGAAGAUGGGCCAGGGACUCAGAUCAUUGCUUUUAGAAAGACCUGGCUUGGGUUCUUACUAAAGCAUGAGUGACUGACAGCAUCCACUGGGAGGUGAGAACCGUAUUUGUGUCUAUGUAACUGUAUGUGCGUAUGGUCGUUUUUUGAAGAAGCUUCAGACAAAAAUCCCCGCCUUACGAAGUUGUCGUUUCUAAUGAAGGGAGACGGACAAUAAACAAAAUAGAUAAAGUAAAAGUUUGAUGUGAGAAGUGCUACAGAGAAAAAGAAAACAGACAGAAGUGACGGGGAUGUGGGACGUUCAUUUGGGAGGUGGUGAUUUUAAAUAAAAGACCAGCAGAAGAGA